AUGAUCAAAGUUCAAGAAGAACAAGAACAGUUGGCACGCGAGUAUGAGACUCAACGGAAGCAGCUGGAGGAUGCUAGUAGGGAGCAGGAGGAACGGCGCCGACAAGACCACAAGAUGCGAGAAGACCUCCUUAGUCUUCAAGAGGAGUUGGCGACAAAUGACCGACACAGAGAGAAGCUACAGCAGAUCAUGUUGGACCAAGAGCACAAGCAAGCCGCGAUGGAAGAGUCCAACAACAAGAUCCUCAGAGAGCUUCGAAGUUUACAAGAGAAGGCCCAGAGGCGAGAGUUGAAGAUGAGAGAGUGUAGGCUCGAGGUUCUUGAUCUUCCACCCCACGCAGAGUCGAUAGGGCUGAUGACGCUCAUUGUGAGCAACGAACUUCUAGAUCGGCUGGGAACUGUGGCAGAGGAGCACGCGGAGUUCGUCCAAACUGGCGUUGUUCAAGGGCGGUUGACCGUUUGUGGCCCUGAAGAUGUGCAAAUACUCGCCAAGUCGGUCGUUGAGAACUGGGGAUGGUUGGAUUGGCAUUGUUUCUCUGCAGAUAAGAGCAUCGUGGCGAACCUUGAGAAAGCGAAGGAGGCUUCUAUUCGAAGACAGCGGAAUGCAUUUUGGAAAGGCCCAUUUGGGCGCAAACUCUCGAAGAUUCCUUUGCUGGCCAGCCUUCAAACGCUUCAUGCCACCGCUGUUCAGGACCAAAUGCUUGAAAAGCACGGACAGAUUUUGGAGACGUGCCUGGAGUUUGUUCGAACUGAAGCUCACAAGGAGAUGGAUAGCCCAAACGAUAAAGAACACUGGAAAAUGACGAUGAAGAGCUGCGCCCAAGAGGUUUCGAAACUCUAUCAUCAUGAAGCCAACGUGCUUCAAACCUGCGCAGAACGGUUUGUGGAAGACAAGAUCAAAGAAUUCCGUGACAGCAAGUUGUCAAAGCCGAGCGCCCAGUCUGUAAGAGGGCGAUUUGAGACCAUCGCAGGGCAAUUCGAGGAGAAUGUCAAGCGCUUGUUGCGAGAUUUUAUGAAGACACCUUCAGAGCAGGCCCUCUGGGACAUGAUGAAAAGCUUUAAUGCCCACUGGUCCGUUGCAAAUCUCUUUUUGCCCAUCUAUGAGCAGUCCGCUGCAAUGAUCGAGGAUUUUCGGCGAGCCGAUGUGCUUGUGGUGGAAUGUGAAACCGGAAGUGGGAAGUCCACUGCCCUGCCCGCCUUGCUGCAAGCCGAGUUGAGGGGUAAGGUUUGCAUCUCGCAGCCGCGCAUCCUCCCAUGCAAGCGGACUGCGCAGUUCGUGUCAGCGCAAGUGCAGGGCAGUUGCAAGGUUUCAUAUGAAACUGCUGAUCGUGCGUGUGAGAUUGGCUCUGAGAUUGUGUACAUGACCGAUGGCCUUUUGUCGGCUCGCCUCAUUGGGCCUGAUGCUGCCGCUGCAAAUCCCUUUGAUGUGAUUUGCUUGGAUGAGGUGCAUGAGCGCAACAAGAAUCUGGAUCUAGCAAUUAUGGCACUAGCAAGGAUGCUCAAAGAGGGUAAAGCAUCUCAGAGCCGGAUUCCGAAAGUUGUGGUAAUGUCCGCCACGCUGGACGAGAAGACUUUGCUUCCAUUUAGGCAUAGCAAUUUGAUGCUGAAGAAGUUUGAGAUCAGAGUUCCAUCACCAUACAAGAUACGCGACAGCAAGACCUAUGUAGGGGUUCACUACAUGCAAGCAGUGGAGGAAAUCUUCAAAAAGAAAGAGCCAGAAGAGCAGAUUUUGUGCUUUGUCCCAGGAACCGCAGAUGUGGAGAAGGCAUGUGCCAGUUUUACCAGCCGCAUGGGGGGCUCUUGUGGAGCAGAGGCAUUGCAUGCCAACAGGGAUGCUGAGGAGAUGCAGGCAGCUCUGCAGAGGGGCACGGUGUUUUUUGCCACCAACAUCGCGGAGACCAGUAUCACAGUCCCACGUUUGGCGCACGUGGUGGAUGUUGGGAAGCAGAAAGUCCCCAGCUCCACCAACCAUGUCUUUCGCCUUGAGGAGUCCUUUUCCGCACGGAGCACCCUGAGGCAACGCCGUGGUCGCUGUGGCCGAGUCAGGGAUGGCACCUACUAUCCCACCUACCGUGGGACUUGGGAAUUGAAGACUGGCAUCUCUCAGAGCCAGGCGAAGCGACGUGGUGAUGAGGUGACGCGUGACUUUGCCUUGCCGGAGUUGCUGACCGGAGACGUCGUGGAUGUGGAGUUUCGCCUCUGGUGUCACGCAGCCAACCCCACCAGAUUCCAGUCGAAGCUCGAAGAGCUGCAACCCGAUCUUCCUAUUGACCCUGAGGACAUGCGCAGGCUUUCACAUCAGGCCGAGGAUGUCACCAAGCUGUUUCAGAUGUUGGGCAUUGUGUCCCAAGGUGCCCAAAGCACCUUUACCACGGUGGGGCGGCAGAUGAUGUGGUUACCCGAGGUUGGAGGAGUUCGCUGGAGAUGCAUUCUGGCGAAAGGUGCCGAAGCAGGAAUUGGCAUCGCCGUUCUCAAGCUUUGUGCUGGGAUGAUGUCAUUGCCCAAUGACAAGGAUGGCGUCUUGGGGUCCGUGCCCGCGUUCUGCAUCGAUGGCCAGCUUCCAGGGGACGUUUCGAGCUUGUACAGGCUCUUUGAUGCAGCCUACAAGGAGAUUGCUCGUGAUGAAGCCGACCGACCAAGGAAGAAAGGAAGUGCACACCUGAAGGAAUUUGUGAGAAGAUCCUUUGGGGGCAAUGACAGGAUGUUCCGAAUCCUUCAAAAGUUCGGACGAAAGUACCAGAGACUCCGGGAGAAAAUCGGAUGCAAGAUCAAUGGUACCAACACCAGCCGCGAUGAGCAGGACUUUCUCAGGCUGGUCCUUUCAUCCAGAAAGCAGGCAAGUGUGAAUGAUGUGUGCAAGGUGGUGAUGAAGGGCUUUCUAGAUCGGGUUGCCAUUUCUGAGACAUUGAUUGGUGGUCGCAGCGGGAACUACAUGCUGCUUUACAAGCAUGAAGAGCAUCAAAGGCAUGUUUGCCAAGGAAUUGCCACCAUACCAAAGCAGAGCAAAGCUUUUCGCAAGUUCAAAGACGCGGAACCCUUUGUGUUCGCUCUUGAGCUGAGUCAGACACUCAGUGAAUCGACCCCCAAGAUGCUGAAGAUCGCCAACAAGAUGGAUGAAGAGUGGUUGCAGGAACGCUGGUUGCCCCCGUGCUCGGUUUACUGUCUGAUUCAUGACUCUGAGGAAAAGAAGCUCUCUCAAGGGGGUGCAACUCUGGGCCAGCACAAUCUUGAGAAAGAAAUUGUACGCUGUGACAUCUUCAACUACGCAAAGGUACCAGCCCAUUGCAAGGUUUGCAAAUUAACUGGCCAUCCAGGUGGGGUGGUGAAAGCAUUGAGGUUCCUCAAGACCGAUGGUUCCUUCGUCUCCGAGUAUAAGGCCGUCCUCCAACCACCUCGUGGCAUGCAUGGGAAGUUCAAGGUGGACCAAUACCUUCAGAAUGCUGAGCUGUAUAGAGACAACUUGUCCAUUUUCAACCAAUGGAUCAACCAUUGGAGAAACAAUCAUCAAAUCACCAUCGACUGCAAGAAAUUCCUUCCCGCAGCGGACCAGCCGCUCGUGACAUGUCCAGACCUUACUGCCAAGAACCUACCCUACUUCAAAUUCUCCUGCCGGGUGAUUCACAAAGAGGAAAUUGACGCGGCCGUGGAAGCAACGGGCCUGUUCUUGGCCAAGUGCGCAGGGAAGACUCACUUUGAUAUGGAGCACGAAGACCUCCAAGUUGCUGCCUGUAAAGAUCCACACUUGAUGCUAAGCUACUUGCAGCAGCGGCCCCAUCGCGUGCAGCACCAGGGUUCAGACUAUGACAAAAUGCGUGGACGCAUUAGUCAGUGCACGCAGGUUGACCGCACGGUCAAUGAUUUGUGGGAAAAAUGUCAUGGCCGGGAAGCAACAAGAGCAAGCCGCAUGGCUGCAGUUGCAUGGGUUGCCAUCACAAAGUUCAACCUGAAGCUCAAAGGUGGUUUCAUCCGUGACUGGGUGGUUCCAGGCUUCGAAUGCGUGACAGAUGCUCAGGGUCAAGAUCUGCCCUUUCUCUUGCAAAGUGGACCUCGUGGUCGUCCUGUGAUUGAUGCUGGCUUUGUCCCACAGGACCUCGACUUCCAGAUGCCGUCCGACGGGUACUUCGAUGUGCAGGCCUUCAAGGUCAAGGUGGAGACUACUCUUGGGAUCAAGGUAACUCAGAUCCACUUGGAUAGCUUGCUGAUGGUCAUCGUUUUCGAUGCAGUCCAUGGCAAUGAGGACCCGCCAUUGGGCAGCAAAGGUCCUUUCACUGCAGAGAUGGCAUUGCCUCACAUUGCCCCAACAAUGGUGGAUGUGGACUUCUGCGUGAACAAUCUCUGUGUCAUGGCAGACUUUCCCAAAGACUUGUGCAUGCGAGUGCCUGUGCCAAAGCUUACGGUUGACCAGCUGAUCGAGCGCUGCUUUCAAAAGAAGUUCCAGCUUUGCAAGCCGCAGGAUAUGCUUAUCCAACAGCGUGUCGAGAAGAUGAUCAAGAAAGGCUUCCAACGGAUUGAGCCAGACUUGGAAUGGCUGCCGGACUCGGAGGAGGUGAUACGACUUCUGGUGGACCAUGAGCGUGACGGGAAAGCAAGAGAGGUGGUGGACUUUCUUCUGCAGGGCAAGAGCCCAGACGAUCCGAACAACCCCAAGCAGCAUCUUGCCAUGCCUCAAGGGACAAGGGUCGUGAAGAUGUGGAAAGUCAAGAAUGCGUUUCUCGAGAGGAUCUACAAUGCGCACCGCGAGCUUAUCAAGAGAGAGAAUGGUGGCAAUGAAAAUGAGCUCUAUGGGUGGCAUGCCCCGGGGCAAAACACUGAAGAGGUUCGUGUUUCACUGUGCAGGCUUGGUGUCGACAAUCGCUUCUGGAAGCCAGGCUUUUUUGGCAAUGGAGCCUACUUCGCGACAUAUCCGCUCAAGUCUCACAGUUUUGCUCAAAGCCAAGGUGCUGCCCCUAAGGUGAUUUUCCUUUUCAAGGUGCUUUGUGGACAUCAGGAGGUUAUCCUUGGUGAAGGACGUAAUGGGCCGGGAGCGCCCGGCAAGUUUCAGCCGAAGAUGAAGCACCAUUCCGUCCUUGGACAAGGUCACGGCGCAAAUCGCGGAAUUGAUAUUGAUGAGCUCGUGGUGUUCCAGUCCACUCAAGCUCUACCAUUGUGGGAGGUGGAGUAUGCCCCAUAG